GCCGUGGAGCUCGCCAGUUACUUAGUAGUGUCCACCAACAUGGCAACCGAAGAGCACGCCGCUGCAGCCGCCGCGCCAGACAACGUGGCGGAUGAAUUCGAUCCCCUGUGCUCAGAGGAAACACCACAUCAGCUACAUUUCGAAGAAGUCACAUCAGCCGCAUUCAAAAUAAAAUCUGGCGUUAUGUAUACGCCGUGUGUGAAAUCUCAUUUGUCACAGGUCACUGGUAUGGAAAUUUACUUGAAGAAGGACUUCCUGCAAUAUACUGGCAGCUUUAAGGAGAGAGGUGCAAGAUAUGCACUUCUGAUGUUACCUGAGGAUCAGAAGAAAAGAGGUGUUAUUUCAGCUUCCCUUGGGAACCAUGCUCUGGCACUUUGUUAUCAUGGAAAGGAUUUGAAGAUUCCUGUGACUGUUGUUAUGCCUUCUGUAGCACCAUUAAUGAAGAUCCAAGCCUGUCAGCAGCAUGGAGCUACUGUUAUAAUCCAUGGCGAAGAUAUGGGUGAAGCCAAAAAGGCUGCAAUGAGACUUGCGCAUGAGAAAGACUUGACUUACAUUAAUGGCUAUGAUCAUCCACACAUAAUUGCUGGACAAGGAACUGUAGGAUUAGAAAUCGUGGAGCAAGUAUCAAAGAUCGAUGCUGUUGUUGUACCUGUUGGAGGAGGAGGACUAAUAGCAGGAGUUGCUCUUGCUGUCAAGUCAAUGUUUCCUGAUAUUAAAAUCAUUGGAGUGGAGUCAGAAAAGUGUGCCAGUUUUUCAAGUGCUUUGAAAUCAAAGAAACCAGUGUACACACCAAUUCAGUCCACCUUGGCAGAUGGUCUUGCUGUCCCAAAGGUGGGAUACAAUGCAUUUGUAACUGCUGCUCCACUGAUUGACAAAAUGGUAGUUGUGAAGGAAGAAUGGAUUGCUGUUGCCAUCUUGCGGCUUGUGGAGUUAGAAAAAUGUGUUGUGGAAGGUGCUGGGGCAGCUGGACUAGCAGCAAUACUUGCAGGUCACUUACCUGAAUAUAAAGGCAAGAGAAUUGUAUUACUUCUAUGUGGUGGAAAUAUUGAUACUACCAUUUUGGGCCGCUGUCUGGAAAGAGGUCUUGCAGCAGAUGGCAGACUAGUGAAAUUCUCUGUAACGGUUACUGAUCGUCCAGGAGGGAUUGCAGAGCUGUGCCGCAUAAUGGCCAAACUUGGUGUAUCCAUAAAAGACAUAAUACAUGAAAGAGCAUGGAUAAAGUCUGACAUAUUUAGUGUUGUGGUGAAAGUUGUAUGUGAAACCAGAGAUAUGCAACAUGCCAGCCAGCUAAGGGAAACAUUGUACAAGAAUUAUGAGAAGGUGGUGUUCGGUGAUAUACCUACAGCGGGACUUCCAGAGCCAUAGGAGUGUACAUGAAGUGACAUAAAAAAACCAGCUAAAUUGUUUUUGUUUUGAGUAUUGCUUUCAGAGUACUGUUAUAUUUCUUAAUUACUGCAAGAGUUUCGUUUUGCACCUACACUAUUUAGCAAGUAGUCUUAACCCUGGCAGGAAACAUAAUCACACAAUUAAACUGAAAGUAAAAAUAAUUUUGAUGUGUAACCAUGAGUCACAACAACAAUAUUCUUCAGUUUGUUGCAUGAAUGUCUAGACAGAGUUACCUAAAAUUCACACUUUUGAAACUAAAUGAAAUAAAAAACAUAUUUAUGAUCUACCAGCAUGUGCCUGGAAACAAAUUGUAUCCAAGAAUUGUUGAUCAUGUGAAAUAAAUUCCUUCAUCCAUAUCUUAAUAUUAAGUGUUAUGUGAAUUCCAUUAUAAUUAAUAGUGUCAUAUAUAUGUGUGACAGCUACUGAUCCAUCAGUGUCAAUAAAGACUUGUGUUUUAUGAGGUUUGGAGAUAUUUUCUAGUUUUUCACAUGUGUACCAGCAAACGUGGCACAAUUUUAUGAAAUUAAGAAGGCAAAGGGUAACAAUAUAAAACAAUUAAUUGAAUUCAUUUAAUUUAACUUCUGUAACUACUGAUUAUGUUCAGUAAUGAAAUGAAGCCCCAGCAGCAUUCUUUCUCUUUUAAUUAUAAUUACCAGUUUUGGCCCACAAUAACUAGCUGCAGAUAUCAAUAUUCACAUGUUCUGCAGAGUAUGGCAUUAGCAAUCUAUUUUCAUCUGCUGUACUGAGUGAGAAAACUUUCUAGUACUGACCAUGAUAACCUUUAAUGUGUUACCUCCUGAAGUACAAUCCUUGUAACUGGAAAAGACUAGAAAAAAGUUCAGAAUACAAUGUUCUAAGAUUGUGAACUCUGUAUUUAAUUAAUUAAUAUUUACAUUGAUGUCAGGGAAUAGAUGUGCAGAAUGGCUAGAUGUAUAGCUAAACAAGAUAGUGCUGUCAUUACUAGUGCAAACAUUUUUUUAAAUUUAAGUAGGUACUGCACUGAACUGAAUCAACUAUUAAAGCCUAUUUUUCAUUCAAUGAGCUAUGUAUUAAUCUUAUAUAUUUCAGUAAUUUAUUGCUGU